AUGGCCCCGAAAUCACCGACUCCGUCCAUUUCGCACCUCAUCUCGUCUUAUCCGAUCUUGUCCAUCCUCGCGGAAUAUGUUUCAGCCUUGGACCUUCUUCACAUAGCUCAGACGAACCGUAACCACCACGCCCACAUCCUCGGUUCCCGUACAAUAUUCGAGAAGCUGAAAAGCCUCUGUCUCUGCGAUGGCCGCGGCUUAGUGCAACGCCAAAACUUUAGCGGACGCUACUGUCCAAACUACUGGACUCUUCUCUGCGGCCUCCCUCCCAUGGUUGUCGGGGACGAGGAAAUCGAAGUCAAGCUGUACAACAUCAAAUGCGACGAGGCUGGAGCUCUGCCCUGCCGGAGAUGUGGUAUCAACGUCUGUGAGGAGUGCAGGUACUACGAUCGGCUUCUGUCCGUGGAGGAAAGCUAUGUCGAGCCGCGCUACAACUGGCGCCCUCUCAACAUCAUGUGUCUUUGCCGCGAUUGUGACUUCCAGCUCGAAGGUGAUAAUCGGAAGCUACAACUCAGCGACACAUGCGAUUGCAACCUAUGUCUAAGGUGGCUUUGUACCAAAUGUGAAGACGCGCAGAGAAAAGAGACCACAGCGUAUUACGACACGCGAACUCAGGAAGCGUCGGGCCAAAACAAUGUGCUCAACCAACCAGAGGAAUGGGGUCCCGAUGAAGCCUCAGAGACCAAGCAACUCGAGAUAUAUGGCAAAUGGCGCAAUCUCUGCCGUCAGUUCUAUUGCCCUUGCGGUGCCGGCGUUGCGCAAGAGACCGUCCCAAGAUGCACUUGGUGCAAGCGCCGUGUCAAGACCCAGGACGAAUGGUUAGAUGAAAGAAAUCAGCUUGCCCGACUUGAUAAACCGGGGGGUUCGUUCUAUAACCCGGAUCACCCACCCUUCGUCAUGGACACCAGCUAUAACUAUCCUACUCCCUACCCGAGGCUGGGGUACAUUCGGCCUGGGGACGAUGUCCCGUGA